AUGGCUGCUACAGUAAUUUUAAAGAAUAGACAUUCUCUCCAGGGUUUAAACUUAAACAAUCUUAUUAAAAAUAUACGUGAUGGAAAACCUCUAUCAGUGGAAGAGAUGGCAAGCUUUCAAGAGGGUAAGAGCUUGGCUGAUUUGUCUAUCCAGGAACUUACAACUGCUUUCUCUGACAACUUGCUAUCUGAGGAAACAUUAGAAGAUGUUUUGAAGAAGUCAGGACGUCCUGUUAAUCUGUAUAAUUGUAGACUAGCAAUACAUGAAGCAAUUUGUUUCGCUAACGAGUUUGGUCAGCCGAAAGUUCUACAUUACCGAGACUUUUGA